UACAUUUCAUCCGGAACUGUUACGACCGUUUUCCGACGGUCUCUUUUCUGUGUUGCAAAAAGACCAAAUGUCCGCGACCGGCAGAACUGAGAAAUGAGUUGGAGCUCAGUCGGCUUGAGCGCUAUUGAUAUUUUCUGGUCUUUUCUGGCUUUGUGCUUCCUUGUGGCAUUUUGUGCUCACAAAAUCUCGAGGAGAUAUGAAACACGUCGCCUUUACAUGUUAUUCCAGGAUCUUAUUCGGUACGGAAAAACCAAACAAAACCUCAAACGAGACGACUGGCUGCGUGUGUUUGACGUCCCUAAAAGGUGGUUCUGGCACUUUUAUGCCACCUCUGUCUGCUGGAAUGGUCUCCUUCCGGCCUUGUACCUGAACUUCAUAUUUCAGCGUCAGUCACUACCCUCAUGGCUCACCGGGAUAAUAGACAUCUUGACAGGUGUACCAAGCACUGAUGGUCAGGUCCCACAGCUGUCUACUCUCCUGGUUCAGCUGCUACUCUGGGUCCACUCCCUCAGGAGGCUGCUGGAGUGCCUGUUUGUCAGUGUUUUCUCUGAUGGAACCAUGCAUUUGGUGCAGUAUGUCUUCGGUCUGGGGUAUUACAUCGCAAUUGGCUUGACGGUGCUCUGCUCAGAUCGUGUGAAAAAAGGGACUGGCACCCUCCUCUCUCAGCUGGACUGGUUUCACGUGGCUGGAUUCACACUUUUCAUUGCGGCCUCACUGCUGCAGCACCAAUCCAUGCUCCUGCUGGCCAGGCUUCGCACCGGAAAGUCAGGAACUGUGGAGACACUGACUCAUAAAGUGCCAAAUGGAGGCUGGUUCGAGCUGGUUUCAUGCCCACAUUACUUUGCUGAGCUGCUGAUCUACAUCUCACUGACCUUGGUUUUCGGAGGCCUGUCUCUAACCUGGUGGCUUGUUGUCCUUUAUGUGCUGUUCAACCAGUCACUGGCAGCACAACUCUGUCAUGACCUUUACAUCAGCAAAUAUGAGUCAUACCCGAGACAUAGAAAAGCAUUCAUACCUUUUGUGUUUUGAAUAAUUGUCAAUGGUGCGUCUUGUUAUGCUUUUGGGAGCAGUAAGCUGCCAGACAAAUGUCAGACACAACUGAGGUUUUGAACAGGCAGGAGCAAAACUCACCUCUCUUCUCAGCGUUGUUUGACAAGGUGCUCCCAACCAAGUGGCGCUUGCUCAGUAGCCAACAGGACAACAUUAGUUGUAGUUGGCAGCUCCCGAGUAUGAAUGUGAGGCGCAUAGCAGUGCUGCUUCUUCCGUGGCAGAAGUCUCUCCAGGUGAAAGCUGAGCUGUUUCUUAGAAACUGGUGAGAAGAAAUGAGAAUCUUUACUACAGAAGAAUGGCUCAUUAAAGCUAAACCUGUUUUUGUUAUAACAAAGUACUUUCUCGUUAAUAACGUUUUAUCUAUUACAUCAUACAGAUAUAUGUUAUAACAUUUAAGAUAAGUUAUGUUGUGAAAAUAAGCAACUUUUAAAUGUUUGUUUUGAUAAAAAAGAUCCCUUCAAAACGUAAGGAAGAAUUGGGGAAAUUGAGGCUUUGGCUGAAUAUUUUUCUUGUUAAAGCAACAUAUAAAAUAAAUUUGCCAGCUUAUCUUGUAUAAAUAGAGGUUUUUUGUUAAACCAAAAUAAGUGGUAACAAUAUUGUAUGUUGUGACACAAGUUGUUUUGUUUUAACAAGAACAUUUUCUCAGUUUUUUUGAGAAACUUAGUAUUGUCUUGGCAGCAAUAUGCUGCUGUAGUACAGACAUUUGGACUUUGUUUUUUAAUACAUUUAAUCCUGAACUACAAUAUAAAAUCAUGUAGUUCGUUUAAUUACAAGAUGCAUGUAAUUAAAUACUACCCUCAAUAAAAAGAAAACUGAGUAAAGGUUG